UUCUUAUUCCCUGCAAAGUAAAAGCUGGACCAUUUACUGUAUCAAAUACCCGGUAGGCGGUAACUUCACAUGGUAGUGGGCCCUUUCUCCUCAGUAUCUUUACCUUCCCGUCGACCGUCGACCGUCGUAAACCGUUAACCAAGCCGACCUCCUUUUCUCUCUCCUGCACCUCAUAAAAACCCCUUUCAUUCUGCAGAAAGGAGGAGAGAGAAAACAUACAUAGCUCGCAAAAAUGGAAGCAAGGAAAGUCACUGUUUCUGCUCUUCAAUUCGCUUGCUCUGAUGACAUUUCUCUCAAUCUUUCUUCCGCUGAAAGGCUAGUGAGAGCUGCUCAUAAAAAGGGUGCAAACAUUAUUCUUAUCCAGGAACUCUUUGAAGGGUAUUACUUUUGUCAAGCACAGAGGGAAGAUUUCUUCCAGCGAGCCAAACCGUACAAGGGCCAUCCAACAAUUGUGAGGAUGCAGAAACUAGCAAAAGAGCUGGGGGUAGUGAUACCAGUUAGUUUCUUUGAAGAGGCAAACAAUGCUCAUUAUAAUUCGGUUGCGGUUAUUGAUGCUGAUGGAACUGAUCUUGGGAUUUAUCGCAAGUCUCAUAUACCAGAUGGACCAGGUUAUGAGGAGAAAUUCUAUUUCAAUCCUGGUGAUACUGGCUUCAAGGUGUUCCAAACUAAAUUUGCCAAAAUUGGAGUUGGAAUCUGCUGGGAUCAGUGGUUCCCAGAGGCGGCUCGAGCCAUGGUACUUCAAGGUGCAGAGAUAUUGUUCUACCCUACAGCAAUCGGUUCUGAACCCCAAGAUGAUGGACUUGAUUCUCGUGAUCAUUGGAAGCGAGUGAUGCAGGGACAUGCUGGCGCUAAUGUGGUACCAUUAGUGGCUUCAAAUCGCAUUGGAAAAGAAACAAUUGAGACAGAGCAUGGUAAAAGUGAGAUCACCUUUUAUGGGAACUCCUUCAUAGCAGGUCCCACUGGAGAGAUUAUUGCUGUUGCUGAUGACAAAGAGGAAGCAGUUCUUGUUGCUCAAUUUGACUUGGAGAAACUAAAGUACAAGAGAUGUAGCUGGGGAGUAUUUCGGGAUCGCCGUCCAGAGUUAUACAAGGUGCUCCUAACAUUGGAUGGUGGCAAUACCCAUUCUUGAAUUUCCUUUUCUUUAAAUGAAUAAAAUUAGUGAAACCCGCUUAUAAGAGGCGGUUAAUCUUAACAAAUUUUUAAAUGUUUCACAAGUGACAUCAUGUGAUAAACAUAAAGUUGAUCCUUUCAGGGGUUUCUUAUACUUAGAAAUGAUCACCGGAUGAGCAAUCUUCACAUUCAAA